AUGGGCUCACGGGAGGAGGAGGCCGUGAUGGCUGAGUUGCAGAAUCUGCAGAGGCAACUGGGGAAGAAGCACUCCUUCGAGGGGGCCGUCGCUGGCAUCGUUUCUAUCCUCCGCAGCCGCUACACUUCCUCAUCCCCGGCACUGCGCAAAACAGUGAAGUUCUCGCGUUCCCUUUUCAAUGAUCUCCUCGGGUAUUCUCCAACAUGUAUCUAAAGGGGCAAAGGGUCGUUAAUGGUGGAAAUUUUCCGUCAAGUUACCUGCAGAUCAUGUCUAUAAUUUGUCCGUUUAUCUCCAUACGUUUUGUUUUUUUGGUCCGCCGUGAAUUUUCAUUUUGAAUUGUGAGGCUGAACACCGUUUGGUCUAUUUUUGUGGGAGUAAUUCGCCUGUCUCAUUGUGAAUUCAAACUUUUUCUGCAGAUAUAUACUGCUGUUUGUCGUGUGGCAACCAUUCUGCGGACGAGGUACACGGCCCCAGGAUUCUGGGUCGCCGGAUUGAGGCUGUUUGAAGAGGCUGAGCGUUUGGCAAUCGCGUCAUCAGAGAGAGAACACUUGAAGUCAUGUAUUGGACAGGCUCGUGGGCAACUCCAUGAGCUUGAAAAUCCUCAGCAGGUUCAUGACCAGAAUAAUAGGCGUAUGUAGUUGUCCAUACUGCAGCCUUGCUUAUUUUCCGCUUGAUUGUUAAAUCGAUAUGAUUUUAUUCUGCUAUGAGAUUGUGUUGACUUUGUUGUAUGGUUUCUUUCUGCUAAUCUGUCUAAUGGAAAGUGCACUCGUUGUUAAUGUCUGCUCUUGCCUACGUGUUUAUAGGAGGGUAACACGCAUCCCUGAUGAGAGUGAAUAGAAUUCAUUAUGUACAGAAUUUCUACAUUUGAAUUGAUAAUAUUUAAUUUCAGAUGAAAGUUUGGGAUUACGGUGCAACUUCUUCCACUCAAACCAAGCUUUUCAAUAAUAUUCUCAAUGCAACAAAAAAGGCUACAUCUUUGACUAAAUUGAAUUUUGGACCUCCUUACAUACAGUAGGCUAGAUGCCCUUUCGCCAGUGAAGUGUUCAGGUUGUGCCUAGAAAAUAAGUUAAAAGUAGUACAUCAUUCCUUAUACCAUGUAAUAUGACGGUUGUUGGCUAUUCAUCUUAACAUGUAAUAUGUGAAGUGCGACUGUGCACUCUAGUUAGUCAGGUCUCAUGAAACUUCAGCCCUGUCCACGUCUAUGAUUGUUGACCCUCUUUGUGAUUCUUGUCUUUCAUUUCCACUUAUAAUCAUAUCUAACUUGAGACUGUAACAAUUUUGGACACCAUGUUAUAUUUUACAAUACUCGCAUCACUCAGGUCACUUAUACUUGUCUCCUUUUGUGAUCUCUGAAGGAUAAAUUGUCAUGAGCUUUGAAAGUUCUUACUUUUCUGCUUAUAUGACCUUGGAGAACACAAAAUGUGCUCCUUGGGGACCUUUUAUCGUUAUGUGAUCAGAAUACUAAUUGCUCUCAAGUCUGACAGGAAAUAUUCCAUAUAUAAGUACUUUUUUUUUUGCAAGGUGUUUUCACUUUGUUUUUUUUUCAUCUCGUACCAUUUUCAACAAAAAAAUCUUUGAAUGCCUUUGAAUGGAUAACCACGUUCCCACGCUUCCACUUGAACCUCUAACCUCGGGUUUACUUCACAUGUCAAUCGUUCAAUUUUUGGCCUUGUUUUUAAUUAAAGUUGUGAUGUAUAGCCAUCUUCUGCAGGAGAUGAAACCGGUUCGGAGGUUAGACACCUGUUACAACAGUUUAUCUUCAGAUUGACUAGCCCUUGAACGUUAGUACUGACUGAUAAACAUGGGAAAUUGAAACAGACUAAUGGUUUUUAAUUUCAGAAUGUUGUUUAUAAGAAAACCGGUGACAGAAUAUGAUUGAACUGCUUUCAAUAUCAAAUCUACGAUUUAUGUUCAAAAAUAAAACAUUUUCAAGCUUAGCAUAACGUAGUGAUGUUUCAUGUGAAUCUUUUUUUUCGCCCAGAUUCAGGAUAUCUUUUUGAAGGUCAUCUGACUGUGGGACCAGAGCCUCCACCUCCUGCAUGGCUUGUUGCACAGAAUGUAUUGACUACUCUCGCUGCUUCACAAGAUUGGAAUGCUGUAGCCGAAUCUUCUCGAGGCCAAAGAGAUGAUAAUAGCAAUACGGCUGAUGGUUCUGGGGUGCCUGAAUUCGUACAGCAGUUAAUAAACAAUGUCCCUGAGUUCAACUUCGAGAACCUUGAGACUGUCAUUGAAGCUUCAUUGCAAGUACGUCAAUCCAACCGUCUUUCACUGUGUCAGUGUUAAUAGCUAACAUAAUUUGUUAAUACCCAAUUUCUAUCAGUGCACUGACUUCCACAAUUGCAUUAAUUUUAAGUAAAUUUCUCUGUUUUUCUUGAAGAUGAUAUUUUUGGGAAUAAUUUCUAGAUUGUAAUGUCUAGAUUGCACAUUGCACCCCAUUGACUUUUCCUGCCUUUUUGUUCAGAAUAGCUUAAAACAAUAUAAAUCCUUUGGAAUGUUUAAGUUAUUUGGCUCGGCCAAUUCUAACUCGUAUCAGGUAUGAGAAACACAAAAAGUUUGUCAACACAGUAAACCAUGUUUAUUGCUGGUUAGUUGAGAAAUAAUUGAUCAUGUUAUCUGAGCUGGAUGUAUCUUUUUGGGUUUCACAAUUAAAUCACUCUGUAAGCCAUUGUUGCUAUCUGCAACAAGAAUACGAACCUCAACAAGAAGCCUCAAAAACCAAAUAUUAUCAGCAUCUUACUCACGUGAUUUUCAAAACGAAAAAUUCCAAUUCCGUUUGUAUGAAUCAGCAUUCCCCACAAUCUCGCACCAUGACUUGAAGCUAUCUGUGAAAGGCUCACUUGGAUAUCAGCAAUUUCAGUUGUAGGAAUUCAUCUCGGCCAGCAUUAAAAGCUGCCACUUCCCAUGGAAAUUUUAGAAAAUGCAACUUUCCACAAUUGUAUAUUUAGGUUCACCCACGUUGGAUUUCUUUCUAGUAUUUCCACGUUGGCAACCUGUUAUUAUAUGCGUCACAUUAGUAGCUUCCAUUAAUCUUGACCGAACCAGGUCAAGUAGUAAGCCGGGGCUGUGUGUGCAGGAAAUUGGAGCAGGACCACGGAGACAGCCAGCAGCCUCCAAGGAAGUUGUAGCCAAUCUUCCUAUCAUCAACGUCACCCAUGAGAUAAUAGCCAGGUUGGGACGUGACACAGAGUGCGCUGUAUGCAGAGAGAAUCUGGUCAUAGAUGACAGCAUGCAGGAGCUACCGUGCAAUCACUUGUUCCACCCUGCCUGUCUGAAGCCAUGGCUGGUAAAUUCCUUUCCAUAUUCAGAGGCAUACAGCUAAAUUCGGAGCAAUUCCAGUUUAAUCCCCAAAAUGUUUAUAACUUCACCGCAAGAUUUCUUUUAUUCAGUUAGUUAUUUUUCUACUUCGGGUGAAGCAAGAUCUUAUCGAUUGAAAAACUUUAAUCUGUACCUUUCAUCUCUUUUUCAAUGCAGGAUGAGCACAACUCUUGUCCAAUCUGCAGGCACGAACUACAAACAGACGAUCAUGAGUACGAGAGCCAGAAGGAGAGGGAGAAGGAAGCGGAAGAGGAGAGGAAAGGCGCAGAAAAUGCUCUCCGCGGCGGGGAGUACAUGUAUGUUUAA